AUGUCAGUCAGACACGGAGAGCAGGGUAUCCUGAAUGUGGAGGCAGGAAUCAGGGAUGUAGAAGAGGAGGAAGACUGCUUGCAACAGUUCUCAUGUUGUCCAGCUUGCAAACAUGAGUGUGAAGUCGCCCUGAUCCUGCCGUGCUCACACACCAUGUGUGGUCCCUGUAUCAAAGCCCAGGAGGGGGUGAGGUCGGAUCAGCCUCGUGGCGUCAGUCUACUGGUCUGCUCUGUGCUCUGUCCAUGCUGUCGACAUCCCGUUGAGCUGCCAUGCUGGACCUGGUCAUCUGCAAUUUCCUGUUUGCCAGUUCAUCCCACCCCGAGUCCUGCAUGUGUCUUCAGAGAGACUGGAAACAGUGAGGGAGCAGCUGGAGAUCAGCUCCAUCAGGUAGAGGUAAAAAUGAUUUGUGAAUGAAAUAUAAUGUGAUCAGUGUGUUUUUGAUGACUGAUCUUGAUUUUUAGAGAUAUUAUCCAAACUAAUACUGUACUGUUACCCCGCCUUGGUCUGACACUGUGACUUGGGGGUAGAUGACAGCUCUUAAACGUCUCAUUCUAGCAAACACAGUGUUUAUUUUCCUUUUUUGAGCGAUAUGGCCGAGAAAAAAAUCCAGUCCAUACUAUGGUAUUAAUGAACAUUCGUGUCCCCAGACAAAGUAGAAACUGUUGAAAACACCCACAUUAGAAUGCCAGACCAACAGGGGGCAAUAAUGUGUAAUCAGUCUGUCACCUCAGUGAGCAUCAGUGAUAAUCAAGCUGUGUACAGAGAGUCAAAUCAAACCCCACUGAGUGUAAUUUAUUACUUGCCCUUGCUCCACAGUAAACAUGCAAUGGAACAAACCUGCAGCCCACCAUCUUGCUGCAUAAACAAUUACUAUGCACAGCACAUACAGUGCUGCAGUUAACCUCAAGGUUCAUUCUAAAUACUGAUGAAAUAAUGCUGAUAGUCAGAAUAACAAUCCUGCCUCUGUGGCUAUGACCUGAUUGUCGGUCAUUUUGGGUUAAAAUGAGUACAUUUAUGUACUGCAUUUGAAACCACAGAUGCCACUCAUUUAAAAUCUUUGUGUAUAUAAGGGUAAGUGUAGAUGCCUUACAAUUUAAAUCAGUUUGUGCUGUGACCUAUUUUCCUCUCCAUGUGUUUCAAUCUGACAACUAAAGAGGGUGGACACAUGCUGCCACAGUUCACCUGAUGUGACUGCGCUCAGCUGUUUACAUGGUAAGUUGGGGGAUGUAUGUGUUAGCCAGGCCAAAUUCUGGGAAUAUGCUUUUUUGUGUGUGUAAAUGAACUUUAUACUGAACUUAACACGAGAACCUCCAGAACAGUGUGCGCUCUCCUUAUUCAGCCCCUGCAGACUCCACAGCUGCCUGUUCCUCAUUAGCACCAGAGGAUGGCGACGUAAACCUGCGAGAGGAGGAGAUGGAGCAGUCUGUCUAUGGUUGGGAAUCAAAUCUAAAGCUUCAGCUGUUUAAUUGUUUUCAAUGAUUUCCAUCAUACAAAACAAUCAAUUCUGACUCCUUUUAGGACUUCUUUUUACCCUGAACUCCUCAACUGUUCCGUCAGCCCUCCAUCUUUCCAAGUCCGCCCUCACCAUUACACACAGAGGAGACAGUGCUCCUGUCCCACUUCACAAGACCAAGGUCAGAUCAUUGACCUCUGACCCCAGAUUUUCCAAUCCCCCAGUCUGUGCAGAUGUUGUCAUCAGACGGGGGCAGUAUUACUGGGAAGUGGAUGUGUGUAACAGCUCCGUCUACAGGAUCGGUGAGAUCUUUACUGUGUUUGUUUUGAUUCUAGUGUGUUUAUAUCAUCCAGAAACCCUCACAGUUAGUCAGCAGGACUGUGCUUGUUUCACAAGCCCACAGUAAAGACACAUGCACACGUCACCAGACAUGACUGCUCAGUUUAUAGUGCCACCAAGCGGGUAUACCGGUCAGACCAUUUUGUCAAAUUACUGGAACAAUCUGGCAUGAAAUGAGAUGUAUUUUCUGAAGAAUGGCAGCUUCACUGCUAUAAGGGUGAAACUUUUCUCACUGAAAAAAAAAGCGACUCUGAGUUGUUAUUCUCAAAAAAAUACAUAAAAUUGAUUGAUUGAUAGAUGAUUGAAAAAGUUGCAGUCAGAUAAAUAAACUGUUAAUAUAAGCUGAUUAUAAAAGCUAAAAUUUUCUAAUAUUGAUAUUGUGCAUGUCAGACAUUCAGAAGUACCUCAUGGUCUCCAGAGACGUGGUAUCUCUGAAACACAGUCUUUCUAGACACAAACAAAUAUAUUAGGAUGUUGCACUAAUGAGACAGUAUCUCACAGUUUUACAAAUAAGCCAUAAAUGAUUUAUUGCAUUAGUCAGAAUAAAGCUGGAAGGUGACUUCAGUCCAUAGUUUGAUCUGGUCUGUGCUUGUGAACCUUGACACCGGCCAUUGCUUUUCAACUUUAGUAAAUGCACUGAAAGAUAUCAGUUAUGACACAUUUGAGUUGCAGAAAUUUCAGUCAAAGGUUAAAAAUCUUGUGAAGUUGAUCUGUUUUGGGAACUGAGUGUCAAAUGUGUUUCUUCUUCAGGUGUGAGCUCAGCCGACGGUACCUGCGGCUGGUGGCUGGAAAGACACGGCUCAUCUUUUUUUGCUGUGUUUGAUGGAAGUCUGGAGCCUCUCCGCACAGUCCCACCUCAGAUUAAAACCCUCGGGGUCUUCCUCAACAUCAGUGGUGGGGCCUUGAGUUUCCACAACCCCCUGACCCAGGAGCACCUGGCCACGCUUCCGACCCGCUUUGGCUCUGCUGGAGUGCUCCCAGCACUGGGCCUGGGUCAGGGUCGACUCAGGCUGCACUGCGGCUUGCCCCCUCCUCCUCAUGUGUUCCUCAGCAAGUACUCCACCUACAAGGGGCCUCGCGGAGCCGGUGGAGGUCGUUGGCGGAGGGAGGUUCCCUUCCAAUCAGUAAGAAAAGUGAUACAGAAGUUUGAGGAGCUGGCGGUGUCGGACUCAGACUCUGGCCUAGUGUCCAGUUUUGGCUCGUCUUGCUCCACCUUGACUUCUCUUUCCUGA